AUGGCUGCAGAGGGCCAGGAGAUUCCGGAGGAGAUCAAGCCAGAGCAGAUCCCAGCUCAGGAAGAUGGCGCAGAUGACGAGGAGGAGAUUGAGGCCAUGAAGCGUCGAGUGGCCGAGAUGGAAUCAGAGGCUGCCAAGCUGCGUGAGAUGCAGGCCGAUCUCGACCAGCAGUCCGAAAGCCUCCAGGAGAACAAGGAAGAUAUUGACGCGCGUAGUAUUUUCGUCGGCAAUGUCGAUUACGGUGCUUCGCCUGAAGAGAUCCAGGCUCACUUCCAGAGCUGUGGUUCCAUCAACCGGGUCACCAUCUUGUUGGACAAGUUCUCUGGCCAGCCGAAAGGUUAUGCCUACGUUGAAUUUGCGGAACCCAGCCUGGUCGCGCAGGCUCUGGUGUUGAACGAGAGCGUCUUCCGCGGUCGCAACUUGAAGGUGGUUCCCAAGCGCACCAACCUGCCCGGUAUGCACCGUGGCCGUGGUCGGGGAGCCUACCGCGGUCGUGGUCGUGGCUUCCCUCGUGGUGGUGGAUAUCGUGGUGGCUUCCGGGGCAGGGGACGUGGCUUCUCGCCCUACUAA